GGUUUGGAAUUCGGAUCGUGAGAGAGGUUUUGUGAAAUUGUUGCAGAGAGAAGGAGAGAAGAUGGGAAGAGCUCCUUGCUGUGACAAGGCAAAUGUGAAGAGAGGACCGUGGUCACCAGAAGAAGACUCAAAGCUGAAGGAUUACAUAGAGAAGCAUGGAACUGGAGGGAAUUGGAUUGCUCUUCCUCAGAAAGCUGGUCUAAGGAGAUGUGGAAAAAGUUGCAGAUUGAGAUGGCUUAACUAUCUUAGGCCCAACAUUAAGCACGGCGAAUUCUCCGACGAGGAAGACAGAAUAAUCUGCAGCCUUUAUGCUAAUAUUGGAAGCAGGUGGUCAAUCAUAGCUGCUCAGUUACCAGGGAGGACUGACAAUGAUAUCAAGAACUAUUGGAACACCAAGCUGAAGAGGAAACUCAUGGGGUUGGUUCCUGCAUCUCAUCAAAGAAUAGCACCCUAUCAGCACUCCUCCUCCCAAAACCCUCCCUCACCAUUUUCUUCUCAGACAUCAAUCUACAGAGACUACUGCAACAACUCUCCUUAUUACAUCCCAGCACCAACCUCAUCUUUCCCAUCCCUUCAACAAAUUUCUGUUCCUUCAAGUAAUUACACAAACACAACCUCCUCUCUUCCCUUUUAUCAGAACCAAGAGCCUUUGGUCGGUGUUAGUCCCAUGCAGUAUUACCCCACCACAGACAGUUCCAUGCUUGUGUUUGGAAGUGAAACAAGCUGCAGUUCCUCUGAUGGGAGCUGCAGCCAGGUGAGCCUUUGCAGAGAGAUAAAACAAGAAGAAAUGGGAUUUCAGAAUUUGAUGCUUGCAGAUCAGCACAUGAACAAGUUGAUGCUGAGUCAAGGCAACGUGAAUCACGAUGGAGGUGAAGAGUACGUGAACCAAUGGACAGAGAAGCCAAAUGGGUGGGUCUUCCAAACGCAAGAAACAGCACUGGAUUAUGAUCUUGAGGUUAUUAAGCAACUGAUUAGUAGUAACAGUAGCAGUAAUAAUAGUAAUAAUGGGUAUUUUAGUAUUGAUGAAAACAAGACGGAGAAGGGAGUGUACUACAACUACUGAAGUGAGUGGUACUGAUGCAUGACUGACUGCUGGAAGUGAAAUCAGAGAGAUAUGAUCAGUGAGAGGCAUGGGAGUAGGGAAGAUUCAGAAAAGACUUUGAGGCUGUGUUGUGGAGUUCUGUGUUCUUUAAUGAAAUGAGAUAAUUCUUAUUUUGACAGUACAUGGUAAAAAAGCUUCUUUAUAUUUUGUGUAUAUGCUUUAGGAAGUGAACUCAAGUGAUGAUUUGAUGACGAUGAUGUUAGGUUUUUGUAAGUAUUCUCUCGAUGCAAGUGCAAUCCCCCAAUCAGACAUCAAUGUUAUCAAUUCCAGAAAACAAGGCUUUUACAUUCAAAAAUAUUUUUCUCAAA